UUUUCCUUUUUUUUUUUUUUUUUUUUUAACUAGAUAGCAUCUCGUCAUCAUGUCGAACCCGUUAGAUACUGAUGCCGGCUCAGAGCUGUUCAGUAGUUACGAGGCCGAGCUGAAGCUGAUACAGGCCGAUCUGAACCAGACAUUGGACCAGAUCGCCGAGUCGAGUGGAGAGCAACGGAAAUCGUCAAUAAGGAAAGCGGAGCAAGUGCUAGAUGAAGCUACUGAACUGUUGGACCAGAUGCGCAUGGAGAAGCAGAACAUCCCCUCGGCGGCACGGUCAAAAGUUAACGCACGAUUCCGCAACUAUGCUACGGACCUUGAUGAGUCGAAACGCAAGCUCAAGUCUCUUUCUGACGACCGAAAAGCGCUCUUCGGCGAUCGCUACACCGACGACCCGCAGGAUGUUCACUUGGAGCAGAGGCAGCAGCUUCUGUCCGGCACGGACCGCCUGGAGCGCAGCUCUGCCAGACUCCAAGAAAGUCAGCGGAUUGCUUUGGAGACGGAGGAUAUCGGCCGCAACACGCUAGCAGACCUGAAUCAGCAACGGGAAACCAUUAUGAAUACGCGGAACAAUCUGCAGCAAAGCGAAGGAUAUGUUGAUACCAGUAUCAAAACAUUGAGGGGCAUGGCCCGUAGGAUGGCUACGAAUCGGAUAAUUACUAUUGCGAUUAUAACCGUUUUGGUUCUCCUGAUUAUUGCCGUUAUCUACAGCAAGUUCCAUUAAGCGUUAGGGGUAGCAGGCGUUGUGCGGGAGUUCUUCGUUUUUUUCUAUUCAUCUUACGACACCGUGCCUGCUGUAGCAGGCAUUGCUAAGCAACGUUGUAUGAUAGCAUCUCCAUGGCCUAAUCAAGCCGACUUUUGUAGUUUUGAUACAACUCAACGACUCAAUUGGCGCACUCUAUUAAUAACAAGAACAAAACCUCGGGGUAUCAUCAGAACAUAUAACGAGAAGCAGGAGGAUGAACAAAUACCGCCUAGUAUCAGUUCAUGAUACGCAUCGUCCCAAACGCAAGAUUGACAACCACCCCAACAAAUACCGCCAAACCCUUUCGCCAGCUCCAAACCCCCUCCUCCCGCCUCAACCACAUCGCACAUCCCACCGGCCAAAAGAAACCCAUGACAGCGCCCCAAAGCAU